AUGGCUACCAACGGAGAUCAUUCAUUCGUAGAAGACUUCAGAAAUAGAGACAUCAUAAUUGGAAUAAGAGAUGGUGUCUCCCUGGAAUUCAAUCUCGUAAAGAGAGCUGACGCAAAAAUAUCUGUUUUUGAUUCUUCGGUUUUAGUGGGUGACGGUGUCUGGGAGGGACUCAGAAUUAUUAAGGGUAAUGUCCAGUAUGCACGGGAACAUUUUGAGAGACUAUUUCAAACAGCCUACGCCCUAUGGAUUGAUUUAGGUGUCACAAAGAGGGAGUUAUUAGAACUGAUCUACAAAACUAUUGAUGCGAAUCCAGGAAUGGUGGAAAGUGACGACGUUCAUCUCCGUCUGAUUUGUACAAGAGGGCUUAAAUCAACACCAUAUCAAUCCAGAAAGGUCAAUGUUGGUAAGUCACUCAUCAUUAUAAUUCCAGAAUACAAAAAAGUUGAUUCUUCCACUUAUGAAAACGGCAUUAAGUUGGUCACGUCUUGGGUGAGAAGAGGUAGUCCAGAUACAAAGGACGAAAUGUGGAAUCACCUUUCCAAGGCAACCGACAUAAUGGCAAGUUUAUCUGCUGAGGCUGCGGGUGCUGAUGGUGCACUAAUGCUUGAUCAUAACGGAUUUGUUAAAACGUGCAAUGCUACUAACUUCUUCAUUGUUAGAAAAGGAGAAUUAUGGGCACCGACAAUGGAUAAUCAAAUGCAUGGAAUCACGAGGCAAAAGGUAUUGGAAAUUUCGAGAAGGCAUGGAAUUGUUGUAAAAGAGCAGAAUUUUACUAACACUGACGUUUACACUGCGGAUGAAGCAUUUUGUACUGGUACAUUUGCAUCCCAAGUUCCGGUCAAGCAAAUUGACGGGUUAAAGAUUGGGAAGGGAAGAAUGGGCCCAAUAACUUUUCAAAUAAGUCAUUGGUACAAAGAGGAUGUUUUACGAGACGUCUCAAGGUCAAGGGAUGAAACCUUAAGUAGUCUCGAAUCUUAG